AUGACUCUGUAGCUUAUUCACAUUCCUUUUGUUAGCAGAAAAAUACAAAAAGCAAAAAAAGUAAGAUAAAAAAUAAAUAUAAACAGAAUUGAGGUAAGAAGACAGAUUGGUUUACUAGAUAUUUGGCAUUAUUGGUCUAUAUUGGCUGUUUGAUUCAUUGAAAAAUGGAAACUUUUUUCUGGGUUUGGUAGGAGUUUUUUUUUCCAAAGUUUAGGGAUUUACGAAGAUUAGAAAACUUGAUAUUGGGGAGACUAGUUGACAUUUGACAUAGAGUUUUACAGUUUUAGAGAGAGAGAAAGGGAGUUUUAUUAGAGAGAGAAAGACAAAGUUUUGGUGAGAGAGAAAAUGGGUUCUUAUGGAAAACUGGCAAGAAGGGCUUUGGAGACUGAAUCACCAGUUAUGGUUCAGAUACAAGAAUUAUACAGGGCUACCAAAGAUGCAGUGUCCUUGGCUCAGGGUGUCGUAUAUUGGCAGCCACCGAAACAAGCAUUGAACAAGGUUAAGGAGCUUGUAUGUGAGCCUAGCAUUAGUCGGUAUGGUGCUGAUGAAGGCAUCCCUGAGCUUAGAGACGCCCUGAUGAAAAAGUUGCAGACAGAGAAUCAGCUGAACAAAUCAAAGAUUAUGGUUACUGCUGGUGCAAACCAGGCAUUUGUGAAUCUUGUCCUUGCACUAUGUGAUGCUGGGGAUUCUGUGGUCAUGUUUGCACCAUAUUACUUCAAUGCAUACAUGUCCUUUCAAAUGACUGGCGUUAGCAACAUACUAGUUGGUCCUGGUGAUCCAAAAACUCUAUAUCCAGAUGCAGACUGGUUAGAGCAGACUCUCAAGACAAACCCUCCACCAAAGGUGGUCACAGUUGUGAAUCCUGGAAACCCAUCAGGGACCUAUGUACCGGAACCUCUCCUCAAGAGAAUUUCCGAUCUUUGUAGAGAAGCUGGUUCUUGGCUCAUUGUAGAUAAUACCUAUGAGUAUUUUAUGUAUGAUGGCCGAAAGCACUCAUGUGUAGAAGGAGAUCAUAUAGUCAACCUUUUUUCUUUCUCAAAAGCCUUUGGAAUGAUGGGAUGGCGUGUUGGAUAUAUAGCAUACCCAGCUGGAGUAGACGGGUUCCUAGAUCAGUUGCUGAAGGUGCAAGAUAACGUCCCAAUCUGUGCAUCCAUAAUUUCUCAACACCUGGCACUUUACUCGAUGGAGGUAGGAACAGAUUGGGUAAAGGACCAAGUCAAGGACCUAGUCAAGAAUAGAGACCUUAUAAAGGAGGCACUUUCUCUCUUGGGUGAGGGUGCUGUUAAAGGUGGAGAAGGCGCUAUCUAUCUAUGGGUGAAGCUUCCUGACCAGUUCCAAGAUGACUUUGCAACGGUUCGUUGGCUUGCUCGCAGGCAUAAGGUGGUGUUGAUCCCAGGAAGCGCGUGUGGAUGUCCUGGACACUUUAGGAUAUCCUUUGGUGGUAUGCCUGAAGCUGAAACUGCUAUUGCUGCAGAGAGGCUCAGAAAAGGCUUGGAGGAGCUGUUGAAAGAUGGAAUGGUGGAGGAAUGAUUGAAGCUUCUUUUUAUUUGUCAUUUAAAACAUUGAUUGAAAAAAAAGGCAAGUUGUUGCUAUAAAUGUAAUGACUUGUAUAGAAUGACCAAAAGUUCCCUCCACAGAGAACAAAGAAAUUGGGAAAAUUAUUUGCAAACUACCAUAAGAUUAGAAAACUUAAAAAAUAACGAUAUAAGGUGAUCUACCAUUUUCUCACAACAAUAUUUUUAAUGACAAAUGAGUAAAAGAAUUUUAGUUGGGAGUUGUA